UGUUUCCUUCAUCUUCGUUUUCGAGGUUAAUAUUGAAAUGUCAGAUGGGUAGUUCAAAUGUUUAAAACGAACGAACUAUUGUGAAAAUAUUUAGUGUUGCCAGAAUUCUCUUAAGCGUAUAUUCUCGCAAACCUCUGUGCAAUAGACCYAAAAAAAUCCGAAUAAAUCACAAAACUUYGACUUUCUCUAAUCACUCUCGACAAAAUUAGUAUAUCUGAAAUGUUUCUGUUUAUUAAAUAAGAAGUAAUCAUUUAUUAAAAUCGAAAAAUCAAUAAUAAAAAUGUUUGUUUGGAUGAGUUAAGUUGGCAGCAUUAAUGUUUGACGUGACAGCUUGACACAUGAUCGGCUGUUUACAAAUGGCUGAUUUAAGCUCUUUUUCGAUUCAAAUUUAAGCCAGCAGUCAGGGUUAAAAUGGCAUAUUUCCAUUAUCGUUGCGGCGAACGCAUUACUUUAUUAAACGACAAUUGUACAGCGGUGCGCAGUGACAGUGACUUCGACAAUGGUCUGGUAAUAACAGCUGAACCCCUAGUCAACGAUGUCCUUUUCGAAAUAAAAAUCGACAGAAAAGUCAAUUCCUGGUCGGGCAGUCUCGAAAUUGGGGUAGUGGACUGCGACCCUUUACAUUUCGAUUUUCCAGCAUGUUCGUCGAAAAUACAAGCCACCUCAUGGAUUAUGUCAGGAAUGUCGUUUUUCAAGAGUGGAAAUUGUGUAAUUGAGAGGUAUGGCGCCGACUUAGACAAAUUAAAUCAGGAUGAUAGAAUAGGUUUAAUACGCACAUCUGAGGGUGAUUUAAUUUUUUACAUCAACGGGGAAUCCCAAGGAGUUGCCGCUGAAAACAUUCCAAGUAUAGUCUAUGCCAUAGUUGAUGUUUAUGGCAAAUGUGUUCAAGUCAGUAUUACUAGUCCAGUCUUCAGGGAGCACAACAACGACGAUUGUCUCAGCGGCAGUUCAGUCUUGGCCAUAGAUAAUGACAUAUUAAAUGUGACACUAGGGGGCGAUUUAAGCGAACUUAGUAUGAGCAGUAGUAACAGUCUAGAUAUCCGUAUGGAUAUAAACGUGAGCCUAAGUCUCCCAGAGGAGUGCCCCCGACCAGAUAAAUUACGUUUCCACGAUCGUUGCGGUUCAUUGGUCAAACUAUCAAAUGGCAAUCGCACAGCUGAACGUCGCCGGCCUUUAGAUGAAUUCAACAACGGGGUGGUCAUGACCCACCGACCCCUACGCGAUUCGGAACUUUUUGAAAUCAGAAUUGACCGACUCGUUGAUAAAUGGAGCGGCAGUAUAGAGAUGGGAAUCACUACGCACAACCCCAGUACUCUGGUAUUCCCCGCCACCAUGACGAACAUGCGCAGUGGUACCAUAAUGAUGUCCGGUUGUGGCAUCCUAACAAAUGGAAAAGGCACCAGACGUGAAUACGGCGACUUCAACCUUGACGAACUGAGCGAAGGUGACCGCGUCGGCAUGAUGCGUAAGCCCGACGGCAAUCUCCACUACUUCAUAAACGGGCUGGACCAAGGAGUAGCCGCCCAACGCGUCCCUUCUACCGUAUGGGGCGUGAUCGAUCUUUAUGGCAUGACAAUCAAGGUGUCGAUAGUUGAACGCGACGAAAGAGAGGAGCAGAAUCUCAUGACGCGCAAAAACACCCGCGACCAACAAGUUCCCGUCCCUGAUCCUCAGCCUCUUCCCGAUUACUACGACCGCUUGACUUUUCAUCCAAAUUGUGGCACGCAUGCGCAGGUUAUUAACAACGGGAGGACGGCCCACAGGCCGAAUGCAGCCGAUGAUUUUAAUAACGGGGUUGUGCUUACGGCACGGCCGUUGAAAACGGGGGAGUUGUUCGAGGUGAAGCUGGAUAGGGUGGUGACAAAGUGGGCGGGGUCGAUUGAGAUAGGUGUGACGACACACAGUCCAGUCGAUUUGGAGUUUCCGUUUACCAUGACGAAUGUGAGAUCGGGGACGUGGAUGAUGACCGGAAGUGGAAUUAUGCAUAAUGGAACAAUCGUAUUGGAGCAGUAUGGGGUUAAUUUGGAUAGAUUACAGGUGGGGGAUAGGGUCGGUGUGGUCAGGAAGGAAAAUGGGUUGUUGCAUUUUUUCGUCAAUGGGGUGGAUCAAGGCGCGGCGGCUUCGAAUGUCCCGGAGAAAAUAUUCGGAGUCAUUGAUUUGUAUGGUCAGGCUGUUGAGGCUUCAAUCAUUGACAUGUACGACUAUGGAUCACCUGAUACAAUAAACUCGAGUUUAUCAAACACGACACUUUACAGUGAUUUGAGGUUUCACCACGUGCAUGGGAAAAACGCCCGUAUUGUGAACGGUGGCUUGACUGCUCUAAGGCCACGUCCCCUUUCGGAAUUCAACGACGCUAUUGUGUUUUCGAGUCGGCCGCUUCGCGACGGCGAACUUUUCGAAGUUUGUCUUGAUAGUAUUGUCGAUCGGUGGUCGGGAAGCAUCGAAUUAGGUGUGACCGCCGUUCGCCCCGACGAUAUUGAACUUCCAGGCACCGCUACCGAUCUCUGCCGCGACACCUGGAUGCUCAGCGGGUCUUCAAUAAUGGAAAAUGGUACCACUGUCAAAAACAACUAUCCCUGCGACCUGGACACCCUCGACGCUGGCGUUCGAAUCGGAGUCGUGCGUUCGGCCGACAAAACUUUAGAGUUUUACAGAGAUGGUGUUCCCCAAGGUCCCGCUUGUAUUGUUCCCUAUAGUACGGUAUAUGCCGUAGUCGACUUGUACGGCCAAUGUGCCCAAGUUAGCAUUCCUUGUGUCUCUCCACUCGUUCCUAUUUCCACAAAUUUAGAUAAUUGUCCCCGAUCUGACACUUCAAUUAGUUUGCAAGCGGUUAGUGUGGUCCAACCGGCGGUUCAAACCGAUCUACAUAUCUUCUCGGAUUGUCACGGUAAAGGCGUGUGUUUGAGUGACGGGGGACGAUUGGCCAAACGCGCGAAAGAUUUGAGCGGGGCGGUGGUCUGCAGCGCCACAACUCUCGAAAGGGAGGAACUAUUCGAAAUCUCAAUUGUUUCAUUGGUCGAGCACUUGGCAGGAAGUAUCGUCGUYGGCGUGUCGGAAACGCCUCCAGGGAAAUCCAACAUUAAUAUUUUCGAACAAUGUUGUUACAUUACAGGAAACGAGCUGAGAUUUAAGAACAAAACAAUUCAGUUAUUUACUCCGAGUUUGCAUUGGCUGAACGUAGGGGACCGAAUCGGAUUGCUCCGGACGCUAGAUGGCGCUUUAAAAAUUUUCAUAAAUAGUGAAGAAUUAAAUUUAUGUUUGCCCCCACUUCCUGAAACUUUAUAUGUCGUUAUAGACCUGAAAGGGUCGUGUAGUGCUGUCGCCGUGACGAGUCACAAGUCCCCCUUGUGGCCCCUGAAUAGUGUAAGAUUGCAAGACAGUCUCGAACUUGUUGGUAACCAAGAGCAAAUUGAGUUGGCCAAAGAUCCGGAAGUUUCGCCUACGAUUUACGAAUUUCACGACAACCAUGGCCGAAACAUUGAGUUAGUAGAGGGUCGAACGACUGCGAGACGUGUCGCGUCGUACAAUCAGGGCGUGGUGAUCGCUCAGCCCGCCCUCGAAAUCAACUCUAAGGUCCAGAUUAUAAUCGACCAAUUGGAGACGAGAUGGCAGUCGUCCAUUAUCGUGGGCGUGGUUUCGGGACCACCCGAACGUUUAAAUCUACCAGUCAACGCGCUGACAUUCAAAGCGCCGUGUUGUAUCGUGGCAAACGAUUGGAUUUCGAUAAAUGGGGUCAAGUCGCGAUCGAAUUAUGGUCAACGAUUGGGUAAUUUGCAAGUUGGCGACACUGUUGGUGUUAUGUUGACCAUUUCCGGGUUGAAAUUGUUAGUGAAUGGAAUUGAGGAGGAAGCUUUGUCUUUUGUUUUUCAAACGGGGCAAGCCAUUUAUGCCGUUUUUGAUCUCUACGGACAAUGUCAACAGAUUAAAAUAUUGAAUGACGUUGYGCAAGAAGUGGCUGAAAAUUCGGUUACUGAUUACGAAAAGGCUGACCUWGAGAGCUGCGAAAAGGAACGUCUGACUUUACCCAUACCUUCAGCGAGUACUAGUUUGACGUCUUCAGUGGGCGUGUCACGUCCCUCACCGCCUAGUCCAAUCAAGUCGAUGAUUUGCUCCUAUAGGGAGGAGUGUCUCACGUUUAAGAAACGCCUCCUCUUGCCAGAAAAUUAUUUUACGUCAGAGGACCCGAUUUGCCAUUGCUCAACUUGUAUAAAAGGCGAAAAAGAUAAUGYUCUCUUGGGUUGGGUGAAAUUUCCUUUGAAAAAUUCAGCCAAURCGGCRACUGAUAAGUGGCAUACGGCAUUUUACGUGUGUAAAGUGGGGGCGGUGCGUUGUAUASUUGACAAAGGUCAACCUCUGACCAAAGGACAGGCCCAAUGGUGUAAUCUAGUGGCACAGAAAGAGGACGAUGUCCAAGUCGUUUUUUAUCCAACUUUACAAAAUUGCAAGACUGCAGGGUACAAGACGAACAAUAGAGUGGUUCAUGCCGCUUUUCAAUUGUUAGUCAAACCGAGCGCGUACUCGGUAUCGAGGGAUCCACCCGAAUGGAGCACCAAAGAAACCGGAGCAAUUGUUUUACAUUCGCUUUUAAUUCAUAUUGAAUGUAAUUAAAUGUUUAACGAUGGGUGUGUGUAAUUAAACAUUCGGAAUUUAUUUUUAUCAAGCUGUGAUUGAUUUAUCGAAUUUAGUCUGAUGAUUGGAACAAGUCGAUGAUGUGAUAUUAUUUUCCAAAUUCAUCAUCAAACUAAUUUUAGAAUAGGUUACCGAUGUAUUUAUUUACAUGAUGAAGCAGAUUUUAUCCAAUGACACACGGCACUGUAUUAUAUUAUGUUAAAUUUGUUUUACAUCCCAAAUAAAACAUGUUGAUCUCAA